AUCAAGUGAAAUAAUGAAAAAUGUAAUAUAUAGUAACAACUAUACACAACAAUAUGUGUAUGUUAACCAACUACAGAUACAGGAGAGCCGUCAUUUCUGAACACGUGGUAGAUGAAACGACCAAUUAGUGAUAAUCACAUAGUUUUCGACAAUAACCUAAUUGUUGACACAACUGCUCCUACAACCUCGAGAAGCUCGGAAAGCGCCAAGGAUUGCAGAAAACGAAAAGCCCUUCGCAUCCAAUAUCUAGCUGAAAGUGUACGAUUGCGUGAGCUCACUGUUAUAAAAAUGAAACGUGAUAUUGACAAAUUACUCGAGUUGUGCCAGUACAUAGAUCAAGGAGAUGUACCAGUGUCACUUUUGGAAAAGUGUGGGAUAUCAGUAUAAAAUGCCAAAUAUCUAUCAAUGUUGCAUGCAUAUAAUCUACGAGAAUCUUUUAGUUUACAUUAUUUCGAGAUUCCUGUUAUUCGCCAUCUAUUUCAUUUUGAUAUACUUUAACGUAUAUUUUCUGACUAUUUAUACUUAUCUUUCUUCCAUCUGUUAGGGAUUUUUGUGCUUUGAAUUAACUUUGGGUAGAACGUCUAACUAUUUUUUAGUUAAUUCUUCAUUUCUUAGUGAUAAUAGUAAUAAUAAACUGAUGAUUAUGCACCAUAUGAGUGAAUGUAAUAUUCCUGAUCUACAGUUUCACUUAAUUUUUGGUCAUUUUUAUUGAGAAUUCUAAAUUGUUUAUGUUAUGAGUCGAUAUUUAUAAAUCAUUGGUUAAAACUUUAUACUUAGUGAUAUAUUACGAUUAUGUGCACACUAGUUAUUGUUGUGUGAUAUUUUGAAUACCUGUUAUCACUUACACUACAAUGUAAAUCAACAUAAGUCUACCUUUUUUAGAUCCAAGUUUAUUCGUGAAGGAUAAUCUUAAAAUACCUCAAACAAAUGCAGUAUUCCGAAUACUUGUUGAUUAUCAACUGGAGAGGACAUUACAAAAAACUGAUAAUUGUCUCUUAGUUCCCUAUUAUUAAGUUUUGUCGUGAAUAAAUAAGUAAUAUACAGCGGUUCUCUGAGCGCUACUUUAUAAGCGUGAAAGCUGUUAACUAUAAGUAACGUAAAUAUAUAACUAAUAAUAUUCAGCCAAAUAUUUCUUCAUUUCAUUUGACGUGCUACCCAAAGCUGCCUAAUUAACAAUACUAACGUUAAAGAUAAAGUGUAGGUUCGAUCAAAAAGAUAAGAGUAUGAGAAAUACUAAAGUGAUUUAACAAAUGAAUAUGCUUUAAUAAUUAAGGAAGGGUUAUGGAUUCACUCACGCCAAUGACACUUCUGACUUUAUGCUAACUCUGAUACCCUAUUUAGCACUAAAAAGAAGAAUAUAUUUGUAAA